AGCUAGGCCAGGGACCGCAGGCAAGCCCAGACGGGCUCGGUCUGACUUGGCCAUGGGCUCUGAUGACAGAGCCAAGAAAAAGACCAAAACAGCUGCCGCCGUCGACGAUGUGCUGGGUGGGCUUUACGACUUCCUCCCACCGCCGGAUCCCGUCAAGGACGAGGCCGCAAAGGCCGCUGCUGUCAAGAAUCAUCUUUCGAGACCCGCGCUUCCUCCUGCGGACAAGACAAGGGUGAUCUUCCUGGAUGUGGAUGGGGUGAUCCUGCCAGCUGGCUCCAUCGACAUGAUUGUCGUGGACGGCGUGACUCUCCCUGCCAAGAGCCAUGUGAAAGAGAGCGACUUCUCUGCACAAGCCCUGGGCAGCCUGCGCGCCAUUGUCCAGCAGACUGGCGCAACCAUAGUUUUGUCCUCCGAGUGGAGGCGAGGGGAGGACUUGAAGUCCUCCAUCAACGCCGUGCUGAAAAGCCAGGAUAUCCCCUACAUCCGGGAUGCCACGCCUAUUUUCCAGCCCAGGCCAGAACUUCAGAAGGUGAACGUCAUUCACGCCUGGUGCGAACGACGUGCCAGAGAAAUAGGCAAGUGGCUCAAGGAUCAUCCUGAAGUUACCUCAUGGGUUGCCUUGGACGAUCUCGACUUCGACUGGGCUGAUGCCCUGAGACAAGCUGGGACGCCAUGGAUGAAAAUUCGAUCCGUGCACACCGACGAUAGAAUUUGCCUCACUGAUGAAGGUGCUCAGGAAGCUGUCCGAAUCCUGUUUUACCCACCCCCGGAUCCGAAGGUGAUCCCCCGCGCGGUCUUCACUCAGGCUGCCAGCCAGAAUGGAAAGAUGCUGGCCAGCACUGAGGAUUCUGGUCCAGAACGGAUUCGGCUUGGGUGAGAGCUUCCGCGUUGGGUGGGCAUCCCAAUUCGCCUUUGUUUCUUUUGCAGUGAGGGCUUGCCUCUGGGUCGUCUUCUUUGAGGG